ACUCUUCUAGAAAGAAUGGAGGCAGUGUUGGACAGCUGUGUGUGUGUCUGGCAGGUGUGUGUAUGCGUUUGGGAUGUGUUUGUAUGCGUGUGUCAGAUUAGUUCUUGUUUGGUAGAGCUGUGCGUGUGUAUUCUGCAACUGUCUUUACUCCUGUUCCACUGGAUCCCUCAUAUUGGGCUGGCGGUGUUCAUCUGGCAGUUCACACACAGGAAGAUUGAAUUUGAUGCUAAUCAUGUCUACGGAGCAAAAAUUUCAAGUAGCAGUGUUGAAUCAAAGUCCCAACUAUGUGCUGAUGGGAAGCCCACUUCUACAAAGUAUUUAGACAGAUCCCCGAACGUCCUCAGCUGUUCCAACACCCUACACAAUGGCUGCCAUCUCAUCAAUAUGCAACGUUCAGCACCUGUGGACCCCACGAAGAUGGGCAUUGGAAAGGCCAUCGCCGUCCUCACCUCUGGAGGAGAUGCACAAGGUAUGAAUGCUGCUGUCCGAGCCACGGUGAGGGUUGGGAUCUACACCGGUGCGAAAGUCUAUUUUGUACAUGAGGGUUAUCAGGGCCUAGUCGAUGGAGGAGAUAACAUCCGACAAGCAACUUGGGAGAGCGUGUCAAUGAUGCUGCAGCUGGGUGGCACAGUGAUUGGCAGUGCUCGCUGUCAGGACUUUCGCUCUAAGGAGGGUAGAGCUAAAGCAGCGUGUAACCUGGUAAAGUUGGGUAUCACUAAUCUGUGUGUUAUUGGUGGAGAUGGAAGCCUGACAGGCGCCAAUGAGUUUCGCAAUGAGUGGAGUGAACUGCUCCAAAUCUUGCUGAAAGCAGGUAAAAUCACAGCAGAAGAGGCUAAACGUUCAUCUCAUCUGAACAUCGUCGGGAUGGUUGGCUCCAUCGACAAUGAUUUCUGUGGCACAGACAUGACCAUUGGCACUGAUUCAGCUCUGCACAGGAUCAUGGAAGUAGUGGAUGCCAUCACAACAACAGCUCAGAGUCAUCAAAGAGCCUUCAUUCUGGAAGUGAUGGGGAGGCAUUGUGGAUAUUUGGCCUUAGUCACUGCCCUGUCAUGUGGUGCUGAUUGGGUUUUUAUUCCUGAAAUGCCUCCAGAUGAAGGAUGGGAGGAUCAUCUGUGCAGGAGACUUACCUAUCAAAGAAGCAUUGGGAAUCGUUUGAAUGUCAUCAUUGUGGCAGAGGGUGCUUUGGAUCGCCACGGCAAACCUAUCACUUGUGAUAUUAUCAAGCACCUGGUCACUAAAAAGCUCGGCUUUGACACACGUGCCACUAUUCUGGGUCAUGUGCAGAGAGGAGGAACACCUUCGGCCUUCGACAGAAUCUUGGGCAGUAGGAUGGGAGUGGAAGCUGUGAUGGCAUUGCUAGAGGCCACUCCUGACACCCCUGCAUGUGUGGUCAGUCUCUCUGGAAACAUGGCUGUUCGACUGCCCCUCAUGGAGUGUGUGCAAGUGACAAAAGAAGUGACCAAAGCGAUGGCAGAGGGCAGAUUUGAGGAAGCUGUUAAGCUCAGGGGAAAGAGUUUUGAGAACAAUUGGAACACAUAUAAACUCUUGGCCCAUGUGACCGCCCGAGACGUUAAGAGUAAUAUAAACAUAGCUAUCCUGAACGUGGGAGCUCCGUGUGCAGGAAUGAACGCAGCAGUCCGUUCAGCAGUCAGGAUCGGUAUCCUUCAAGGACACAACAUGCUUGCCGUACAUGACGGGUUCGAUGGACUUGCAAACGGAACUAUUGAACCAAUGACAUGGGGAUGCGUGGGAGGCUGGACAGGCAAAGGCGGUUCUAAUUUAGGAACCAAGCGGUCACUGCCAGCUAGUAUGAUAGAAGAGAUCAGUCUGAAUAUAGCCAAGUUUAACAUUCAUGCCCUUGUUAUCAUUGGAGGGUUUGAGGCUUUUGUUGGAGGUUUGGAAUUGGUGACUGCCAGAGAAAAAUAUGAGGAGUUGUGUAUUCCCCUUGUUGUUAUUCCAGCUACUGUGUCUAAUAACGUUCCUGGAUCAGACUUCAGCAUCGGUGCUGAUACUGCUCUCAAUACUAUCACAACUACAUGCGAUAGGAUCAAGCAAUCUGCUGCUGGAACAAAGCGUAGAGUUUUCAUCAUUGAAACAAUGGGGGGAUACUGUGGAUAUCUGGCAACCAUGGCAGGACUGGCUGCAGGCGCUGAUGCUGCUUAUAUCUAUGAAGACCCAUUUGGCAUUCAUGACCUGGAGACAAAUGUGGAGCACUUAUUGGAGAAGAUGAAGACCACAGUGAAAAGAGGCCUCAUCCUUAGGAAUGAGAAAUGUAAUGCAAACUACACCACAGAUUUUCUCUUCAACUUGUACUCGGAAGAGGGCAAAGGUGUUUUCGACUGCCGCAAGAAUGUGCUUGGCCACAUGCAGCAGGGUGGAACCCCUACACCAUUUGAUAGGAACUUUGGCACAAAGAUGGGUGCUAAAGCAGUGUUAUGGUUGACUGAUAAACUGAAGGAGUGUUACAGACAUGGCCGUAUAUUUGCUAACACACCGGACUCUGCCUGUGUUCUGGGAAUGAAGAAGAGAGCCAUGAUCUUCCAGCCUCUCUCUGAUCUCAAAGAGGACACUGACUUUGAACAUCGUAUACCGAAGACUCAGUGGUGGCUGAAGCUCAGGCCCAUUCUUAAGAUUCUGGCCAAAUACAAGAUCAAUUUGGACACCUCAGAGACAGCUACGAUGGAGCACGUUAUCAAGAAGCGAGGAGCAGUCUAGACAACACACACAUACACAAUUACAGUGAGAUAGAAAGGUUUAUGAGCCAUAUGAUCUUAGUAUAAAAGAACAUUCAGUUGAUCACCCUCAUGUUCUUCCAAAACAGUAUGAACACAAAAGGAAAUAUGGAUAACAUGAGUGAGCAAAUAAUGACAGAAUUUUAAUUUUUGGGUGAACUAUGCCUUCAAGAACAAAACCCCACUAAUAGACAUUUUUUCAGUAUCAAUUGGAUUUUUAAUUUUGAAUUCUGUCAUCACUAAAAUGUACUAUUGUUUGAAAAUAAAUAAAACCGACUAAAUGCAACCUGCAUAUUCACUGAACACAGAAAAGAGAUACUUGAACAGUCAUAUUAAUAUCAAUUGCUGAAGAAAAACAUUUUUUUAAUGUGGAAGUAAGCCUACGGGUGAGACUUCCGGUUCAUUAGCCCCUGUAGAUGGUUUACACUAAGUUAACCAGAUGCACAGCCAUAUUCUUGGAUGUAAACAACAGCAUUGACUGCACAGUUAAAGAGGUCCUAUUAUGCUAUUUUACAAAGUCUUGAUUUUGUUUUGGGGGUGUAUUAGAACAUGCUUUCAUGCUUGGUGGUUUGAAGAACGCAUUAUUUUUAACGUAAUUUACAUUAUUACAAUACAUCUCUCCCAGCCUGGCACAUAAGGCUCGAUUAGUUCCAGGUUUAAUGAAGGCCCGCCUUCCAAAAAACGAAAUGUGUUGUGAUUGGUUAGCUGCCCCACUGCAUUGUGAUUGGCGAACAGCUUAGACAUAUUUCAGUACUGCCACGCCCCUUGUCAAAGAAGCAAGUUCUGUGUACAACUGUUAGCGCAAGCUAGAUUGAAAUGAUUCUUACGUUUUAAUUAUGGAUAUUUUUCUUACAAAAAUGCAUAGAUUCAUUACAGGAGGCCUUUAUUAACCCACCAGAGCCGUGUGAGGUACUUUUUAUUAUGGAUGGAUGCAUUUUAUUGGACUUGUUUUGGACUGCUAAGGGGAAACACCCGUCUAUGCCAUUCUAAAUCUUGGGAGUGCUAGGAUAAAUUUCAAUAUAACUCCGAUUGCAUUCGUCUGAAAGAAGGAAAUCAUAUACACCUAGGAUGCAUGGAGGGUGAGUAAAUAAUACGCUACAGUAGUGUUGGGUCCUAUCAUCAGCUUGGGAGAUGGGCAAUACACAAUAUUAUCAUGCUAAUAUAUUUAAUUAUUUACAUAAUUAUUUUAAUCGCCAGAUACCAGCUCCAGCAUAAGGCUAAAAGCAGCCUAACAUUAUCAAAGAACAUCAUCACUGAUCAGCCUAGCCUAUUCUAGUGCAAGUUUAUGCAUUUUAAAAAACACUUGUGUUAUAAGUGAAGCUAAUGUUAUCUACAUUGUAUGAUGAAUAAAUCAAUUACCACACACUG